GGCGGGAAGGCCGGGCGAGCCCUGAGGAGAGGGAGGGCGCGGCUGCGGGCGGCUGUUGGUGCGCGGCUCCUGGGGCGGCUUCGGUGCGGGAGGUUCCAAGAUGUCGAGGAAUUUCUCUGACACAGGCAGCAGAAAAGAACAUGUUAAAAUCACAAGUGAGUCCAAACCAGGGUUCCUGGAGAGGCUCAGUGAGACUUCUGGAGGCAUGCUGAUGGGACUUGUGGCAUUUCUUCUGUCAUUCUACCUUCUUUUUACCAAUGAAGGACGAGCUUUAAGGACAGCCAAAUCUCUUGAUGAGGGACUUUCUCUUGUGAUCCCUCUUGAUAGCAUCCACAGUGUGUCUCAGCAGAAUGAAGGGAGAUUGGUGUACUUAGCUGGCGCUCUGAGUACAUCUAAGCCUUUGUUUGAUCCCAGCUAUGGGCUCUCCAUCCAGGCUGUCAAACUUAAGCGUAACGUGGAAAUGUACCAAUGGGUAGAAUAUGAAGAUUCCACGGAAUAUGAAGAGAAUGGUGAGAUUAAGAAAGAGACAAAGUAUUCAUACAAUACUGAGUGGAAAUCGGAAGUUGUGAACAGCAGAAACUUUGAUCGAGAAAUUGGACACAAAAACCCUAGUGCCAUGGCUGUGGAGUCUUUCACUGCUGUUUCUCCUAACGUCCAGGUUGGCAGCUUCAUUCUUUCCAAGGGUCUUGUGGAUAAAAUUGAUGACUUCAAGCAGUUGAGCUUGUCACACCUUGAGGAUCCACAUGCUGAUGUUACCCGCGGAGGAGAUUACUUUUACCACAGUGAGAACCCCAGGCGCCCAGAAGUAGGAGACCUUCGUGUCUCGUUCUUCUAUGCAGGUCUGAGUGGAGAUGACCCCCAUUUGGGCUCUGCUGAUAAGGUCACUGUGAUUGCUCGUCAGCAAGGUGAUCAGCUGGUUCCAUAUCAUACCAAGUCAGGAGAUAUCCUGCAGAUUCUGUACUCUGGGGAUCUCUCUGUGGAGGAAGUGUUUCAGAAAGAGCAUGAGAGUAACACCAUGAAGACCUGGGCCCUCCGUGCAGCAGGCUGGCUGGCAAUGUUUGUAGGCAUCAGCCUAAUGACCCGAAUCUUUCACACUUUAGUGGACUGGUUUCCUGUUGUGAGAGAUCUGGUUAACAUUGGAUUAAAAGCAUUUGCCUUCUGCGUAGCCAGUUCACUGUCGCUCCUGACCAUCUCCCUUGGCUGGCUCUUCUACCGCCCUCUCUGGGCUUUGCUGAUCGGAUUGCUCGCUGUAGUUCCAAUUGCGGUUGCGAAAUCUCGUGUUCCACCAAAGAAGCAGCAGUGAGAAGGAGGUGGGUGAUUGGGUUUUGCACUGAAUCCUGGUUAGAAACUUUUCAAGUGCAUUUCUCUCCUGGUUACUGCAGCGUGCUUACAGCGUGUCACAGCUCAGCGGUGCGCACCAAGCAUUGGGGAGGGGACUGGAGUCUGGUUGUCGAUACACACUAGCUAUGAAAAUACGACUACAGGAUGAUGUUUGUAGGAAGUCAGUGACAUCAACUUUGGGGAAAAAAGCAUUUUGGAGCAUCUGUAUUGAUUGUAAGUUAGUGAACAAACAGAUUUGUACCUAUUGCCACUUGCCAGUUCCCCCCAGUGUGAGAACUGGCAAGUCCUCACUGACAGGUGGGGCACCUUGUGUAUUAUGGAGAGUGUGCCAGCUGCAUCACAUGGGCUGUGAUUAGAUGUCCUUAGGAAAUACAUGUGUGUACCUGUCUCUGACAAACCCUUCCUCUGCUGCCUCUUACGUGCACAGUCACAUAUGCUUCUUUGGCUCAUGCAUUUGGAAGUGUCUAUGUUCAAAGGAAAAACACAACUCAGUCAAAUUUCACACAAUACUUAUGUAAAAUCUAUGCUUUUGGACUGAGGAUUUACAAGGUAACUUGAAAUAAUGAGUGGCCAGGUUAGCAGUGCUCUAAGGUAGAGCUAAUUUGUCAGAAGGCAUUGAUUUCCCCCAGCUUUAAAAGUCUCUGAAGUUGUUUUCAGUUAAGUGUCCAAAAUGGUAGUGUGGGCUAUACUGUUGCAUAACUAUUUGAAAAAUUUAACUUCGAAUUGCACUUAUUUAAGGGGACACUCAGAGGUCACUAACCUUUAAAAAUAAAACCUGCUGCCUUGAAACACAAUUAUCUUUUAUAAUUGAGUAUAUAUUCUGUAAAAUACUUGGAGUUUUUUUGUUGUGUAUACUGUUCAUUUCUUGGAUUUCACUUAGUAAGGACAAUGAACAUACUCCAUGAAAUUAAAUAAUGAAAACAAUUUUGCAUUAUUAGAUUUCAUAGGACUUUAGUAGCCUAAAGGUUGAGCUUUGUAUCAUGUUAGAGGAAUGGCUUCUUACAGUGUUGUGAAAGCUCAUGUUUACAUAUUUCUGCUGUAACCAGUACUUGAGAUUAGAGACUAUCUUGUACUGUUUCUAAGUCUCUCUCCACCUAGCUAGACUCUGGCUUCCCCUUGUGCCCUCCCGACACUAGAGUGGGUUUUUCUCUGUGAGUAUACACAAUUCAGUACAAAAAUAACAUUUUCAUUUAUGAAAUCAUUUUAUGACCACCAGGAGAAAUAUGUUUCCUGUACCAAAGGAACUUAACUUGAACAUACAUAGAAGCAAAUGUUUGCUACAGAUGGUACUGAAAUAGAGAUCUGAGUUACAAAUCAUAAAUGUUUUUUGAAGUAGUAAUUAGUUUAUUAGCCCUAAUUCUUUUCUGUCUUCUGGUAUUUGACUGUUGUCAAUUCAAUCUCGUGGCUUGGUUCUGCUGGUAAAAACAGUGAAAAGUUAUAGGAAGUGCAGGUGGUCUCCUGCACACAGCUGGCAUGCAUUAGAGAUCCUGUGCAGCCCUCCUGCUGCUCACGGCCAACUUCUGAUCCAUCAACUAAGAAUUGCACUCCACUGGGGAGAAAACCAAGUGUUGGACUGCUGAUUUACCAGUGAUGAAGGAAACUAACCAGCAUUACCAUAUUAGAGAUGAAGAUACAAUUUUCUACGAAAGUGCUGAGCUUUUGUAUAUUUACAAAAAUAACAUUUAAUAAAAUACAAUUUUCAAAA